UGAGGAGGAGGAGGAUGAAGCUGAGGCUGCUGUUUGUGAUCCUCCUGCAAGUUUCCCAGCAUGCCCUGGCUGUGCUGGUGGAGGUGAAUGAGGGGGCGGAGUCUGUCCUGCUGCCCUGUCUGUACUCAGGUUUUAUACCUGAGAAUGACCCCACAGUGAUGUGGACUCGCAAUGAUCUGGAUCCCAAAUCUGUCCACCUGCUCCGAGAAGGAGGAGAUGAUCUUAGAGGACAAAACCAGCGUUACAGCGGACGCACAUCAGUGAGGUCUGAUGCUCUGGACUCUGGAGACUUCAGCCUCACUCUGAGGAAACCACAACUGACUGACAGCGGCAGCUACACCUGCUCCAUCAGUGAUGGAAGACGAGAACGGAGACUGAGAGACAUCCAGCUGCAGGUCAAAGACCAGCAGGUGGAGGUGAAGGUGAAGGAAGGCUCAGAGUCUGUCAUCCUGCCCUGCAAAACAACACCUGACCUGCCCGAGGACACCAGGGUGGAGUGGACUCGCUCUGAUCCAGAAUUCAUGAUGGUCCAUGAGUACGAUUACAGCCGUGACCAACUUAAGAACCAGGACGGUUUUUACAGAAACCGAACGAAGAUGAAUGAAGACCUGCUGAGAACUGGAGACCUCAGUCUGACCCUGAAACAGCCCACACAGAGAGACACAGGAGGAUACAUCUGCACCAUCUACAGGGACAAAGACAUCCUGAGACAGAAAGUAGUGCUGCAGGUCAGAGAAUCAUUUCCAUCCUGGGUCAAAGCUCUCCUGGUUCUUCUGGUUCUUCUUGUGGUUUCUGGAGGUUUUUUAUUUUAUUUUUGGCACUUUUUCAUGUCAGUUUACAAGGUGGAGGUGGACUCAGGAGUGGAGUCUGUCCAGCUGCCUUGCAAAACCAUAGUUCACCUGCUGAAAGAAGCUAAAGUGGAGUGGAAGGACAAUAACAACAGGAAGGUCCACGUGUAUCAGAAGGGCUCUGACCGGCCUGAAGAACAGGACCAGGAUUACAGAGGACGAACGAAGAUGAAUGAAGAUCUACUGAAACCUGGAGACCUCAGUCUGACCCUGAAACACCCCACAGAUGGAGACACAAACACCUACACCUGCACCAUCUACAACACAAGGGCAAUUAUCCUGAUGACAAAGGAAGUGCUGCUCACUGUUAGAGUUCACCUGCCUGAAGAUGUUAAAGUGGAGUGGAAGAGCAGAUACUGUAGGAAGGUCCACCUGUAUCAGAACGGCUCUGACCAGCUUGAAGAACAAUACCCGUUUUACAGAGACCGAACAAAGAUGAACGAAGACCUGCUGAAAACUGGAGACCUCAGUCUGACCCUGAAAUACCCCACAAAUGAAGACACAAAUAUCUACACUUGCACUGUCUGCAGCAUGGAGGGAAACACCCUGAUGAGGAAAGAAAUGAGACUGAAAGUCAAGGGUCAGUGCUGUAGAUACAGGUCAAAGGUGGAGGUGGAGGAGGGAGUGGAGUCUAUCCAGCUGUCCUUUAAAACCUCAGAAAACCUGCCUGAAGAUGCUAAAGUGGAGUGGGUACGCUAUAACCCAAAGAAGAUAGUCCAUGUAUCUAAGGAUGGCUCUGACCAACCUGACAAACAGCACCAGGAUUAUAGAGACCGAACAAAGAUGAAUGAAGAUCCUCUGAAAACUGGAGACCUCAGUCUGACCCUGAACCAGCCCACAGAGAGAGACAGUGGAGAAUACAGAUGUGGAGUCUAUGGAAAGAUUUGGAGAGGGAAAACAGUGCUGCUCACAGUCAAAGGGAGAGCUCAGGUCCAGGAUCAAACAGGGAUCAUCAGGAACAGAAGCAGCUCCAUUGAUCCGACUCCUCUAUCAGCUGAGGGCAGGAUGAACUUUUUUGAUUGUAGCAAAUGGAUGCAAAGAAACAAAGAGUGA